CUUGCACCCUUCAACCGUAACGUAUCACUUUAAACCCACAUUCAUAUCCAUAAUGGCUUUCCUCAUGCUCGUUGCUGCACUACUGGCCUUCUUGUUCCUUCACCUGCUCACCAAAAAACACAGGUCUUACUCAAGCUACAACCUCCCUCCCGGUGACUUUGGCAUCCCGGUCGUUGGCCAAACCUUCUCCCUCCUCCGCUCUCUACGCAGCAACACUGAUGACCAAUGGUUCAGAGCUAGAGUAAAGAAAUAUGGUCCAGUGUCCAAGAUGUCAGUGCUGGGCUCACCGACGGUGUUGCUUGCUGGUCCGGCGGCCAACCAUUUCAUCUUCACUAACGAGAGCCUCGCCCUAACGCAAACGCGUGCCCUGCGCGCUCUCCUCGGGCGAUCCAUACUUACGCUCAGCGGCGAUGAGCUGAAGCAAGUGCGCAGCGCAGUGCAGGGAUACCUGAGGCCCGAGAUGGUAAGAAGGUACGUGGGGAAGAUGGACCACGAGGUCAGGAGGCAAAUCAAGCUCCACUGGGUUUGUCACGACACUGUCACCAUCCUUCCGCUGGCAAGACGUCUUACACUUGGUGUCAUCUGUUCGAUUGUCUUCAGCCAUGAAGCAGCCGCCAUAGUAGAAGCCCUUGCUGCUGACUUCCAGUUUCUAGGUGACGCAAUCCUUUCAUUUCCAGUAAACAUUCCCUUCACCAGGUUUGGCAAGGGCAUGGAGUCCAGUGCCAAGAUCCGGAAAGCCAUCACCAGGAUUGCCCAGAAGAAGGAAGACUCACUGUUGCAGGAAGGACAUGCUGUUUCAAGUACUGACUUUAUCACCCACAUGCUCAUUCUACGCAACCAGGGUGCACAUUCCCUCACACUGGAGGACAUUGUUGACAACGUGAUGGGCAUUAUCAUCGGUGCACAUGGUACCACAUCUGCUCUUAUCACUUUCAUGAUCCGCUACCUCGCAAAUGAGCAAGAUGUCCUAGCCCAAAUCACUGAAGAGCAAGAUGAGAUAGCAGAUAAUAAAGGAACAGAGGAUGCUCUAACAUGGGAACAUGUUUCGAGGAUGAAAUACACGUGGAAGGCAGCAAUGGAGACCCUCCGAAUAGUUCCUCCAGUCUUCGGGAGUUUCCGGACAGCUACCAAGGAUAUCAAAUAUCAGCGAUAUGACAUCCCUAGAGGCUGGAAAGUCUUAGCAGCACAAAGCAUUACACAUUUGGAUUCCAGGUUCUUCAAUGAGCCCACCAAGUUUGAUCCAUCUCGGUUUGAGAAGCAAUCAUCGAUCCCACCCUAUAGCUUCUUACCAUUCGGUGGAGGUCCAAGAAUGUGCCCGGGAACUGAGUUUUCAAGAGUAGAAAUAAUGGUGGUCAUGCACUAUCUUGUGACACAGUUCAGGUGGAAGUUGUGCUACAAAGAUGAAACUUACAUAAAGGAUCCAAAGCCAACGCCUGUUUUUGGACUUCCAGUGGAAUUGGAGUUGAGAAGACCCCCUUCAACUGCUGAUGCUUCGAAUGCUAUGUCCAUUCAGUUUAAUAUAUAACAGCUUGUUCGGCUGCGGCCAAACCUGGUCAAUCAGAGUGCCUUAUACCGACUGACCAUCCAUCGAUAUUACGGGGUUGUGGUGUAGUGGAUAGGUAUUGCGUGCUGUGUACCUGAAACACAUCCUUCAGAUGGAAGUCCGAUGGAAUCAAGCCCUAAGGAGGAGUUAUGCCAAGAGAAGAGGUUGUGUCGAAUCCUAACAAUCACUUCAAUUCCUGAACUUGCUUGCUAACUAUGUUGUGAUUGUAUUGUACGUAAUAAGUCCGUAAGUAGCACAGCUUUAAAAUGAUCUGAACCUAUUCCCAGUUUUGUUGCAUUAAACAAACUUCUUUCCCAUUAAGUAUUGCAUAUACCUUUAUAUUCUUAUC